AUGACAAGAAAAAGUAGCGCUGCAGACAGGAGUCAAGGACCAGACAUUUCAAAGAUGUUGAGAUUCACGCCGGGUAAGGACGUUGACGUCAACGACAUUGAUGCUAUUGUUACGCCGCCGGGUUACAGAGGGGAUGGCUGGUUUUCAGCGGAGACGCCACCGUCAGUGAGCAGCACCGACCAAGACGGAUCCUUCACAGAGGUUUGUCGCAAGCCACUUGGCCGCUUCCUGUCAUUUGACGUAAAGAGAAGUUUGUUUUCCGGCAAGCGUCGCUCAGAGCAAGCAGACGAUUCUCACGUUACCAAGAGACUGCGUGUUGACCGUAUUUCGUUACAGACGUUGUCCCCAAUGUCAGAGAAUGAUGACGUCAAGUCUGUGGUCCAUCGACUGUCUACCGACGACGACGUCAUUGCCGACGGUUCCCGUCCGUACACUCUGCCUACGAUCGCCGGUAAACACAGUGGCUUGAAGGCUAUUUCUCCAGAAACGAUGAAUGACGUUCUUCAGGGUUGCUAUGACGACGAGUUAGAUCACGUGACUGUCAUUGACUGCAGAUACCCGUAUGAGUUUGACGGUGGUCACAUCAAGGGCGCCAUCAACUUGUACACACCCAGUGCUAUAAAGGAGUUCCUCUCACGACACAGUUGUUCUCACGCUUCCUCCAAGAAACACGUGCUCAUCUUCCACUGCGAGUUCUCUUCAGAAAGAGGUCCUAAAAUGUACAGACAUCUACGCAGUGAGGACCGUGCCAUGAACAACGACCACUACCCCCGCCUCAACUUCCCAGAAAUCUACCUGCUCGAGGGCGGUUACAAGGCAUUCUUCUACAAGUUUAUGAAGCAAUGCUCACCGCAGACGUACAAGCCCAUGCUGCACAGAGACCAUGUCGCUGAUCUACGUCACUUCCGGGGAAAGUCUAAGUCGUGGACCGCCGGUGAAAGACGACAACUCAUGCGCACCACCCUUAGGUUUUAG